CACUAUAAGAAGAGGAUGAACCCGAGAAGCGUCAAAACAAUUAUUAAGCGACGGUCGAGAGGCGGAGAGCGGUAGUGUGCACAAUGAAGACAUAACACGGGAGAUUUUACUUGACUAACUGUAUUGUUGUCAAUCCGAAGCCGAGGACCCUGAAGCGUUUGGCAGCGCCGUGAAGAUUUCUGGGCGCCUCGCAUUGAAGUGAGGUCUGGCAGCGCACUUAUCUCUCGCCUGCCGUCGCCUGGCUACCUUUAAAACACCGGCAAAAAAAUACAUGACAAGAACACUUGCAUUUCAGCACCUGAAGAGAGGACAGCUCCUUUCCUUGGCGUAGCAUUCAAAGACUCAACUGGAGCCGGCACUUCUGAGCGAAUUGAAACAUUCUGCCUCUUGUUCCAGAACUCUUUGUACAUAUGAACACUCCCAGUGUAGCUUACUGUAUCUGUAUUGCAAGACUUAAAGUAGCUUAAAAUUCCAUCGUCGCAGAAUCAGGAAUUGACUUUAAACUCAAUAUGUUCCAGGGGCAUUUGCAGGGGAGAGACUCUAGGGCUGCAGAUAAGACUGUUGCCAUGGUGCUGAAGGAGAUACCCAGUAAGGCGUCUUCAGAAGGGAAACCCCUCCUCACCGUGACAACCAAGCUGGUGAGUGAGCAACAAGAGAGCCGCCCCCUGCUCAGCCCCUCCAUCGACGACUUUCUCUGUGAGACCAAGUGCCAUGGAGCUGCCCGCCCAGUGACUUCAAACACAGCAGUUCUGUCCUCCACUUUGGACCUAUUGGACCUCAGCGAGCCAGGAGAGAGGAGGAACAGCAAGCAGGACAAGAAGAGCCCUCUGUUGUCACAUGGGGACCGGCCCAAGAACACGCCUCACCGGAAGAAGAAGACGACGGACGAGACAGAGCUGAUCCAGGUGGAUGUAGAACAGACUGUCCCCAGCUCACACACUCCUGAGAGAGUGUCACUAGACUCAGUCAACAUUGCCUCUCCUUUGGAGAAAUGGGAGGAGCUCAACAUCCACCCUGAACGAAACAGCAGCAGAAAGUGGAAAUUGGAGAGACGGGGUUCAUCGAAAAACUCCUCCAGUGAACUUCUGUGGUCCAUAGACUGCAAAACACAAUCAGAGCCAUUCCCCAAGAGCUCUUUGGAAGUGAAUACCAUAGCAGAGGCGGAGCCAGCUCUAGCAGAGGCGGAGCCAGCUCUAGCAGAGGCGGAGCCAGCUCUAGCAUUUCAACUCAACAGACAGUAUAUUAGUGGAAGACAUGGCCGUUUGAGUAAAGAGCGGUUCGGUGGCGGUGCCCUCCUGUCCAGAAACCAGUCCCUGGAGGAAGAGUUUGAGCGCGCCAAGGCAGCUGUGGAGUCAGACACAGAGUUCUGGGACAAGAUGCAGGCAGAGUGGGAGGAGCUAGCACGACGGAACUGGCUAACGGAGAACGAGCAGGCCCAGAUCCCCUCCAGUGUGUCUCCUCACGAGAAGGGAUACUACUUCCACAUGGACAACCCCUACAAGGACUGGCCAAACGCGUUUGAGGAAGGUCUUCGAAAGUCCAAAGAGGGAGACCUGCCCAACGCUGUGCUGCUACUGGAGGGGGCCAUCUUGCAGGACCCCCAGGACUCAGAGGCUUGGCAGGUGUUGGGGACCACCCAGGCCGAGAAUGAGAAUGAGCAGGCAGCUAUCGUCUCCCUCCAGAGGUGUCUGGAGCUCCACCCCAACAACCUCCAGGCCCUCAUGGCCCUGGCGGUGAGCCUGACCAACACGGGCAUGAGGCAGGACGCCUGCGAGGCACUGCUGCGCUGGCUCCGCCACAACUCCAAGUACAAGCACCUACUGAAAGGAAAGAGCCACCUGGCGGGCUCCCCGGGCUCCCAACGUAGGAUGUCUCGUGUCUCUACUGUGGGCAGAUAUGAGAGCUCUCUACUGCCUGAGGUGAAGGAUCUGUUUCUGGAGGCGGCCCAGCAGAACAGGGACACCGACCCAGACCUGCAGACGGGCCUGGGAGUGCUGUUUAACAUUAGCGCAGAGUUCAACAAAGCUGUGGAGGCCUUCAAUGCUGCCCUGACGGUGCGGCCAGAGGACUACCUGCUGUGGAAUCGCCUGGGGGCCACACUGGCUAACGGGGACCGCAGCGAGGAGGCGGUAGAGGCUUACACCCGAGCCCUGGAGCUCCAGCCGGGCUUCAUUAGGUCCCGGUACAACCUGGGCAUCAGCUGCAUCAACCUGGGAGCACACCGGGAGGCGGCCAGUAACUUCCUAACAGCCCUGAGUCUGCAGAGGAAGAGCCGCAGUCAGCAGCUCUCGCACCAGGUCAUGUCGGGGAACAUCUGGGCCGCCCUGCGGAUAGCCCUCUCCAUGAUGGACCAGCCGGAGCUCUUCCAGGCGGCCAACAUCGGAGACUUGGACCUUCUCAUGAAAGCGUUCAACCUGGACAUGUGAGUGGAGAUGGGCCUUGGCGACGAGUCUCUACUCUCCUACCAACAGGCCUUGGAGACGAGUCUCUACUCUCCUACCAAAUGCCAAAAACCCAAAGUGUACAGAUGGAAAGAGCUGUUUUGUCCAGUUAAUGACGAGUGUGUGGUCUAUUUUUGCGAGCACUAGCCUAUCUUUAUUACUUCUAAGUACCUCUGCGGUCUUCCUGAGUACUGCAUGUGCUCCAAGAGUCUAUUUUGCAAUGGAUUUGCACUGCAAUUUGUGAUUUCCCCGAAGAGCACAAGGACGGGCAAAGACUGUACAAGUAAUGCCUUAGAGAACACAGUAAUUAAAACUAACUCAUUGGAACUGAGUGAGAGAGAAUGAGAAACGCUGAGACUGCUUUUGCUGAACAGUGUUGAGGUUUGACAAGAACGGUUUCCUCAUCCAAAUACUUUUAGAGUCUUCGGAUUAUCACACCGACCUAAAGGAAGGAUUUAGAAAGUAACAUCAAUAAAGACUACACCAUAAGCCAUGGGACUCUGAGACAGUUUUCAGCAGAGAAUCAAUAUUCUUUUUUGGGCUUGGUUUUAUCCUCUUUUCACUGCAUGAAAACUAAAGCAGUUUAUAACUGUUUUUCCUGUCUUGGACUCUGCACUUUGAAAAACAAACAGAUAAUUUCCUCUUAUCUUAAUGAAACAAGCCAGAUUGUAAAGCCUUACUCGAAACGCAUGCUAAAACGAGAUAUAUUUACACUAUUUUUAUGGCAACCAAUGUAAGCCAUUUUCAGAUUCAUUUUUGACUUCCUCGAACACUUGGCAUCCUCCGAAUUCUUCAUGUUUUGUGGAGUUUUCAGCUCCUCAUUUCACUCGUUCUAUUUUUCCCUCACUGGUUUGAGAGAAGCACACAUUAGCUGGACAAGAUGGACCCUUAUCUUUCCCUCAGAGCUGGUAAUGUACUUCACACGUGUCAGAAAACACUUUCUGUUGAAUCUGUUCAUGUUGGUGGUGAUGGCUGGGAUGACCUUUAAAACUAUUCACUCAUGUCACAUGACUAAUGACUAAAUCAAAAGGAUUAAGCGUGGUAGCGAAUGGAUUUUGAGGCAUUACACUCUUUUCUAGAAGACAGCAUGUGACUUGCAAACUAACAUCUGUGACGCUGCUAGACUAGUCAGCCAUCUUAUGUGUAAUAUGUUUGAAGGCAGCACAAAGGCCCUUCGUAAAAAGUUAUAAAACGUCACAUCAGCUCACGUCAUGUUUACCUAGUUUACACAGUGAUAUAUCAACAUCUACAUGUGCCCAUUCAAGUGUUGUUUUAUGUAGGAGGUUCUUUGCUUUACUAAUGAAUGUCAAACAUUCCAUAGUAUCUACUGGUUCUACUCUAAAGUGUUAACAAAAUAAGCCCAAAAAAUAAAAAGCCACAAGAACUAUACCCUCUUAUGAGAGACUACUACUCUACAAGAUCCCUACUCUGAAGGAAUUCUACUCUCAACACUAUCCCUUAACGGGUCCUUAAGUCGCUAGAUGGCUGAGUAGUCUAGCAGCAUCAUUUACAUUUUAGUCAUUUAGCAGACGCUCUUAUCCAGAGCGACUUA